CUGAGCUACGAGAGCUGCUGUUUAAAAUUUUAAUAUAUUCAUUCAAUAUACCAAUGAUUGACCUUUUCAUGUACGAAUUCUAACAAUAUUGAUUGUUUAUGAAUCACAGGUCUAGGUAGACCAUUGCACACGAAUGGGAAGAAAUGCUCCCGUUUAUACCAAUAAACUCUCUCUCACUCAUUCAUCUUCAUUUCUCGCCAAACUCUUGGAAACCUGCACAAAAUCCAAGUCCUUUCGCGACGUAUGCGCAACCCACGCUUGUGUUCUCAAAUCCCAUUUCUGGGAUGAAGUCUUCAUCAACAACAGGCUCAUUGAUGUUUACGGAAAAUGUGGGUCUCUCAGUUACGCCCGCAAACUGUUUGAUAAAAUGCCAACGAGAAACGCCUUCAGUUAUAACUCGAUCAUAGGUGCAUUAACGGUAUCAGGUUGGAUCGAUGAGGCUGAGAGAGUUUUUGUUGCAACGCCUCAACCCGACCAGUGUUCGUGGAACUUGAUGAUCUCUGGUUUUGCUCAGCUCGAGGUGUUUGAUAGGUCAUUGGAGCAUUUCGCCAAAAUGCACCAUGAGAACUUUGUGUUGAAUGAGUACAGCUAUGGCAGCGCGCUCAGUGCUUGUGCUGGGCUGAGAGAUGUUGUAAUGGGUACUCAAAUUCAUGCUUCUCUGGCCAAGUCGAGGUUUUUGUCGGAUGUUUACAUGGGGUCUGCUCUUGUUGAUAUGUAUGCAAAGUGUGGGGGUGUGGAUUGUGCUGAGAAGGCUUUUGAUGGGAUGAGGGAGCGGAAUACUGUGUCUUGGAAUAGUAUGAUCACUUGUUACGAACAAAACGGGCCAGCACUUGAAGCCCUUAAGGUUUUUCUUAAGAUGAUGGAAUGUGGAGUUCAGCCGGAUGAGAUGACUCUAGCUAGCGUUGUUAGUGCUUGCGCGAGCCUCUCUGCUGUUCAAGAAGGUAGGGCGAUUCAUGCACGAGUUGUGAAGUAUGAUAAGUUAUAUAAUGAUCUUGUGAUAUCGAAUGCACUAGUUGAUAUGUAUGCCAAAUGUAGAAAGAUAAAGGAAGCGAGGUGGAUAUUCGAUAGGAUGCCAAUAAGAAAUGUGGUCUCUGAGACAUCUAUGGUCAGUGGUUAUGCUAAAGCUGCUAGCGUGGAAACUGCAAGAAGUAUGUUUAGCAAGAUGAUGGAAAGGAACGUUGUGUCGUGGAAUGCACUCAUUGCUGGGUACACACAGAAUGGGGACAACGAAGAAGCGUUACAGUUGUUUCUUCUCUUAAAAAGGGAAUCUUUGUGGCCUACACACUACACAUUUGGGAACCUUCUGAAUGCUUGCGCAAAUCUUGCUGACUUGAAGCUUGGUAGGCAAGCUCAUAGCCAUGUUCUGAAGCAGGGGUUCCGAUUCCAACGUGGCCCAGAAUCUGAUGUAUUUGUUGGUAAUUCUCUGAUAGACAUGUAUAUGAAAUGUGGGUCGAUUGAAGAUGGGAGCAAGGUGUUUAAGACCAUGCUUGAAAGAGAUGUUGUUUCAUUCAAUGCCAUGAUUGUGGGAUUUGCACAAAACGGGCAAGGUGGUGAAGCUCUUGAGUUGUUUAGGCAGAUGUUGGAGGCUGGAGAAAAACCAGAUGAUGUGACCAUGAUUGGAGUUCUCUUUGCCUGUAGCCAUGCCGGAUUAGUUCAAGAAGGGCGUCACUACUUCGAUCUGAUGAGGAACGAGUAUGAUCUCGAACCUAAGAAAGACCAUUACACAUGUAUGGUUGAUUUACUAGGUCGAGCAGGUAUGCUUAUUGAGGCAAAGAACUUGAUACUCUCUAUGCCAAUCCCUCCUGACGGUGUCGUGUGGGGAUCUUUGCUUGCAGCUUGUAAAGUUCACCGCGACAUUGACUUGGGCAACUUUGUUGCUGAAAAACUUAUAGAGAUUGAUCCCCAAAACUCUGGCCCUUAUGUUCUGCUCUCAAACAUGUAUGCUGAGGUUGGGAGGUGGAGAGAUGUGACGAGAGUUCGGAAGCUGAUGAGACGGCACGGUGUCGUCAAACAGCCCGGUUGUAGCUGGAUUGAGAUAGGGAGCCAUGUGCAUGUUUUCAUGGCUAAAGAUAGUAGACAUUCACAGAAGAGGGAAAUAUAUUCGUUAUUGAGAAUGCUUGCUGAGACGAUGAAGCUUUUGGGAUAUGUUCCUAAUGUUGGUGAUUUUGAUGCUGAUGAGGAACAUAACAAAGCUUGACUUUUACCUCAUUCAAGAUCAAGAAUAUGUAGCUGCAAAAAAAUUUUGUUUUAUGGCAUAUUUAUCAAUCAAGUUAUUGCUAAAAUUGAUCUGAAUGUAUGUUCCCUUUUUCUCACUUGUAUGAUGCAGAAAAUGCUUCAAUACUUUGUUUUUUUUCGCUAAAGUGAGGCAAUGCCUAUUUGCUUGCGCC